UGUCUCUCAAACAUUAAGCUGUAAACACGAGUCUCAGAGAUUCCGGAACAAGCAACACCGUUUCCGGGACUCGAUUCAUCCCGCGAUUUGGGGACCGCGGUGUGAGGGAAAUAAAGUCGAUGGGGGCAAAGCUGAGGAAUAAUUAGCAACGCUGGCCAGGCGGUGGAAGUAAACACGGAGCGAGGCCGAGGAGGAAGGAGGUCAUCGAGGCGGGGAGGACGGCGCCUUGAGGAAGAAGCAUCUAAUCUGCAGAGCAUAUUAUGUGUCACUAAGCAUUCCCCAGCUGCAAAUAAGUGAGAUGCAAAGCGAAAUGUCAAACUUUGAUGGUUUACCAUUAUCAAGGGAAAUGCAGGAUUUACAGAAUCGAUUUAAUACGAUGAUGCAAAGAAUCAACAGCAACUCAAAGGUUGCAGCAUUUGUGAAUUCCUCUUUGGGACAGUACCUGGAUGAGCAUCCCUUCCUUGCCUUAUUACUGAUAGUUUUUACCAUAAUGUCAGCUGUGCCGGUUGGCUUAUUCCUGAUUUUUGCAGUGAUUACAUCCCUUCUGGCCUGUAUUGGGUUCAUUGUUAUGGAAGGUGUGAUAUUGUCAGUUGGUGGAGUCAUUCUCCUUUGUUUUCUGUGUGGGAUGAUUCUCAUUUCAUUGGCCAUCUCUUGUCUUCUGGCUAUGUGCUAUUUUACUUUUUCAACAACAAUGAAUUAUUAUCACAGUUCAAGCAUUCCAAGCAAGAAAGAAGAAACCAUCAUCAGCUCCACAACAAAAUUGUGUCCAGAGGAUACCGCAUCUAAAUCCACCUUGAAGGAAGAAUAGACUCAAUCUACAGUUAGUUUAUGCAUUAACUUCUAUUUAUGGAAAAUUUAUUUUUCAUGUUACAAAGAGGGCUCUUUGUGCUUUUCAACUAAGUAGAUGUUACAUCUCAAGCUAAUAGGUUUAGUUUUCUAUCAGAAUUUUUGACCAAUUUAAAGUUACAGGAAAUUUGCAUCAACCUAUGGCCAUUUUGAUGGUUUCUAGCUACUACAUGAUAGUAAUAUUUUUAAUCUGUUAUUUGUUGUAACAUUUUAAUCAAUAACAAGUAAUCCACCAAAUUGCUUUAAUACAUUUUAAAAUACAAACUGGAUUAGAUAGUUCCUGCUAUUUAAGAAGUUUGAAAAGGCUAGAAACAUUGCGAAAUCCAACAUUAGAGAAGGAAGUAAGUUUUUAUGGCUUGUAAUCAUUGCAUAGAAAUUCUCAUUAAAGUAUUGUGCUUAAAGAGAAACAUGAUCCAUUUCUAGAGGGGGGAGGGAGGGAGAGAUUGAUUGAUUUAACUAGAUUUGGAUUAGGUUUACUAAAAUGAAAGUCACCAAACCUGUUAUGUCCCCUCAUUAUAUUCAACAUAACUUGAAAUUAUUUGCAGAGUGUAUAGUUAUACAGUUAAGACUUAUUUUAAACUAUUGUAGCUUCAUGAUUUUCAUGUUACAGAACUAAAAUG